GUCAUAACAGAACGGCCUGUAUCGUAAGGAUAUUGCUGUUAUUGGUGCUGAUGUUGACGAUUCCAAGAUGUUAAGCUAUGGUAUGCUAGUAUUAACGGCCACCGCUCUUGUUGGCAUUCAAGCAUGUGAAGAAACCCAAGUUGAACUGGAAGUUUUUUCAAAUCGAUCUGUUUUAGUACAAUUUGAGAUAAUUCCAGGUAUUGACAGGUCAAGAAUUCCUACUAAUGAUACACAACCACAAAAAUACAGGUUUCAUGCAUUACUAGUGAACUCCACGAUGUAUGAAAACGCAACAGCUGGAUCGUGGAAAACUUGUGUUGGAAGUUGUCCUCCGGGUGACGUCUGUAAAGGAUUUUUCAUUCCCGGAACACAAGUUGAAGUGCUAGUUUUCAUAAAUCCAUCUGCUUUAGUAAAUUUUGAACCAUUUCCAGCUUGUUUGGAAAGUCGUACGGUCGGGGUAAGAGAUUUGACAAAUGAUACACAACCAGAAAAAUGCGCAUUACAAGGAAUACAAAGGAACUCCACGAUGUAUGAAAACGCAUUAGUUGGAUCGGUGGAAGCUUGUGUUGGACGUUGCCCUCCGGAUGCCAGGGAAUUCUGUAAAGGCUUUCUUAACAUUUCCGAGGCUAUAACGUUACCAGCUACCACAACAGCAGAAUAUGUUGAAGAACUAAUGAUGGCGACGACGACGACAGCAAGUACUUCCCCCUAUUAUCAAACGACCCCAUCGCCGACUCAUGUGAAACACUCUUUGAUAUAUAUAAGGAUAGCUAUAUAUAUUGGUGUGUGUGUGUUAGUGUGUUUAUUAUUAAUUUUUGUACUAAACCGGCUGACAAUACGCCCCAAAAAAGAUAUUGUGCACACUUAUGUGAAAACGAGUCAAGAAGUAUUGGUAAAUGAACCUUAAAAUAAUAUAUAUAAUAAAAAUGGUCUGAGCAUUAGCUUACUUAGCUAAUAUGUCAGUUGAAAAGAUUGGCAGAAAAAAAGUAAUAUGCUUUUGUUUUAUAUGCAUUCCGGGAGGGGGAAAUGAAUGAACUUUAUCAACAGAGGUCCGACAACUUUCAGCGGUGGAAAAAAGGGUUCAGGGUUCGUGCCUCGGGUUCC